AUGCGAGCAGCAAAAGUUUCCAGUAAACGUGAGCCGCAUUGUCGAGUCGUCAUCAACCCAAGAAUCAAGAACGAUGUCGCCGAAUCGGGGGCACAAGUGCUAGGUCUACGUAUCCCUGUUCCUCUUUGCGAAAACAGUCGAAAGUCCGACGUCCUGGCGGCGAAAUUCCGCGAAAUCGGAAAUGAAUUUUGGCGGUCAAAAGCAUGCUUGGAUGCCAAUAAUUAUUAUAACCUCGCCCUGUUCCACUCUCAGUCAAAUAUGGAGAAAGCACUUGCCCUCGGUAACCGCUCCUGCGUUCUCUACUAUCUUGAAUGUUAUCAAGAAUCAGUGAACGAUGUUACGACCGCAUUGAAGCUGGGAUUUCCAUCAGAGAAAUCGGAUCGUCUGCAUGUUCGUGCAGGCCAAUGCCUCCUCCAUCUUGGCCGUUUUGUGGAAGCUAGUAAACACUUCUCGCAAGCCCUGCAAUCAUUGACGGAACCAGGUCUACGACGCUUGGCUGCCGAUGGACUUGUGAAGUGUAAAGCCGAACAGGCUGUUGCCUCGAAAGUAGCCUGGCGAUGUGAACGCGGUGACCCCACUGCCUCCGUUCGGCAAGCUUACGACUCAAGCUUGACAGCCACGUCUACAGGAUCCACGCUUCUGCUCUCUGCCAACACGGAAUCGGGCGCUUCCGUGCGCCUUUUCGAUGCUGGCCCUGCCAAAGGUUGGACACUGGAGACAACUCGAAAUGUCAGGCCAGGUGCGUAG